UGCUAUGUCUGUCAAUGGCUUCUCCGCUCAGGCUGUGCUGAGAGCUUCGAGACUUCGCCGGCUCCGCUGCACAUUUCUCUAUUCUUCCUUCCCCCGUCAGGUCGUCUCCGGUAAGUAAGUAAAGGCAAAGUAGGCUCCUUCAUCUACGGAUUCCUCCUGCCGUUGAGCACGACUCGGUCGGAGGUUUUCUUUGGUUCUGCAGCUGAAGAAGGCCGGAGAUGUCGACUCAAUCCGAUGGCGGUAACCGAACUCCAGCUGAUGAGCUCGCUCGGAAAACUUCCGGGGAUCCGCAAACUUCGGGGACCGAAGAUACAAAUUCUAAGUCCCCACCAUCAGUGUUUGUGAAUUCGGAACCUGUGCGAGAGGAGCAAGUCCAGAAUGCCGUGAAGUUUCUUUCACACCCCAGGGUCCAAGGUUCCCCAGUCAUUUACCGGCGGUCUUUUCUUGAAAGGAAAGGCCUCACGAAGGAGGAGAUAGACGAAGCCUUUCGGCGAGUGCCGGACCCACCUCCAAGUGCACAGGCACCUACUGCCACUCAAGAAGGGCAACUGCAAUCAUCCGCAAACGUUCAGCAGCAAGGUCCUGUACAAGCUCUUCAGCCUGCAACAGCUGCACGUGCUGGUGUUAUAGCUUCAGUGGUGCCUGCUAAUCGCUACCGUUUUCACUGGUAUCAUGCUAUACUUGCUGUAGGACUUUUAGCGGGAUCGGGUGCUGGGACAAUCAUAUUUGUCAAGAAAGCGGUUAUUCCAAGGUUGAGGUCAUGGAUACGAGCAGUUGUUAUGGGAGAAGAAAAUGGCAUCCCAAAAGAAACUCACCUCAAGCCAACUUUGGCUGAAGAAACCACGGCUGCAGCCAAAGCGGCUGCCGCAGCAGCUGCAGAUGUGGCUAAAGCAAGUGAGGAAUUGUUGAAUUCCAAACUUCAAGAGAAAAAAUUAUUUGGGGAGAUUAUGAACUUGUUAGAUGUUCAACUACGAGAAAUGAAGUCGAUAGGUGUUGCUGUGAAGAACUUACAAGGUCAAGCAAAUUCCUAUGUUAGGAAUCCCUUGUCUAGUAGAGACCUUGCAGCCCCUACAUCCUUUUCAAAGCAACCAUAUGCUAAUGGGAAGGCAGAUUUGGACUACCGUACAGCAGGCAGAUCAUCUAUUCCUCAAGCAUCCACGGAGCCCUCUGCUGCACCUCAUCCAAAAUCUUAUAUGGAGAUCAUGGCUAUGGUACAAAGGGGGGAAAGACCUCCAAACGUUAAGGACAUAGAUGAUUCACCCCCCAACCCAAACCAGCCAAUAUCUAAUUCUCGGGUAGCUCCUCGAAUUAAGCCUUGGGAAGCUGGUCAGACCCAGAAGAGCUCAAACCAAGCAUUUCCAUAUCAGUUGAACCCUGGAAGUGUAGAUAACAAUGGGUUUGUCUCUCAGUUGCCGGCCAUUAGCUCAGGCCUUCGGGGGCAACCGGCGAAGAAUUUGAGGAUCUCUGAAAUGGAGCAUGAAGAUGAGCUGAAAACCAUGACCCAUAGUUCAAGUUCCUUCGAGCAACCCAUUAAGCAUCCAUGGGUCCCACCACAACCACCCCCUGUGGCCAUGGUGGAGGCAGCGGAAGCCAUCAGAAGGCCGAAGCCCUCAAUCCCAAGGGAGCAACUGUCUGAUGAGCAAAAAGUGUUUGGCCCUUCAGAUGCAAUGGAUGAGUCGGUAAAGUCAGCUGAUAUAUCCGAGUCAGGUGGAACAGCAGAUAGUAAUGGUGGGAACCAGGUACAGCGGGAGGAAGGCAACAACUUCUAAAGAAAAUGAACUUGGAUUAGGUGAUCCGCUCAAGCCGAGCAACCUAUAAAUGCGGUCAUUGUUGUUUGUUGAGCAUACAAAGCCGAAGGGAACGCCCAUGUACAAGAAUAUAACAUGGUGCCUUUUGUAGGCGGCCCUAUUGUACAAAGUGGACAUUUAUCCUUUUGAACAUAUUGUGUCAUUUUAUAAAUGCAGUGAAUAAUAUCUCGAGUUAUCUAUGCUA